AUGACCGCCUAAUUAGAGUUGUUAGUAGUCGAUUGUUUAACAUCGAACUAUCGAUUAGAAUUAGAGAUAGCUCGAUACAAUUGUUUCGAUGUUGUUUCACAUCACUAGCACGCUCUAAAACCAAAAGAAAAAAACACAAAAAAAAACGAAAAAAUAAUACGAAAGAGAAACAAAGUGAAAAGCAUAAAAGCGAAAGCAGCAGCAGCAGUGAGCAGCGCAAAGCUCACACCUACGCUGUUCCGCAGACGCGACGGAUAGAGUGUAACAGUAAUAAAUAGCAGCAGCAGCAGAUAGAACAAGUUCAAGUCAAGGAAAGAAAUCACGACGCCCACGAACGUGUACGUGCAAUUGAACGCCAACAGGGCAGCAACAGUCAUGCCACUGGCUGACUCCAACAGGGAUCUACGACAGCAGCAGCAACAGCAGCAGCAGCAGCAACUCGACGCCAACAACAGCAGUAGCAGCAGCAGCAACAACAACAACAAUGCCGAGCACGCGCAGCUGGAUAAUGGCAGUGCGUCGACAGCGGGAGCAACAUCAUCAUCAUCAUCAGCAGCAACAACAACAACAGGAGGAGGAGGAGGAGGAGCAACCGCAACAACAACAACAACAAUGGGUCUGCAGCUACGUCAGCGCAUGCAGAUUACCUCCUCCGGCUGCAGUAGUUUGGCGGUGACCCCCAUGGAGCAUACGCCUACCGAUGAGGAGAGUGCUGCUGUGACAACAGUGACGUCAUCACAACGACGCCAACAGCAGCAACAACAACAGCAGCAGCAACAACAAUUACAGGCAGCCCUCGAACAACAUCACAUAACACCAAGCAAAACGCCCGAACAAAUGGAGCUAAGUGACUCCGAAUCAUAUGGAGCGGCCAGUUACGAUGAAUUUGAACUGCGCGAGGUGGUCAAAGAGGGUCACGACAAGGCCGAUCCCUCACAGUUUGAGCUGUUGCGUGUCCUCGGCGAAGGCAGCUUUGGCAAGGUGUUUCUGGUACGCAAGAUUCUGGGCAAAGAUGCGGGCACACUCUACGCCAUGAAGGUGCUCAAGAAGGCCACACUCAAAGUCAAGGAUCGCGUUCGCAGCACCAACGAGCGCAAGAUUCUGGCCGAUGUGGGACACGCGUUUAUUGUCCGACUUCAUUAUGCAUUUCAGACGCCUGGCAAACUGUAUUUGAUUCUGGACUUUUUGCGCGGUGGCGAUUUGUUUACGCGCCUCUCCAAGGAGGUCAUGUUCACCGAGGAGGACGUCAAGUUCUAUUUGGCUGAGCUGGCUUUGGCCAUGAACCAUUUGCAUACGCUGGGCAUCAUCUAUCGCGAUCUGAAGCCGGAGAAUAUACUGUUGGAUGAGCAUGGUCAUAUUGCAUUGACCGAUUUCGGUCUGUCCAAGCAGCCAUUGGAUGGCUCCAAGACGUACAGCUUUUGUGGCACCGUCGAGUACAUGGCACCGGAGAUAGUCAAUCGCAAGGGACAUGAUUUCGCCGCCGACUGGUGGUCAUUUGGUGUCCUCAUGUAUGAGAUGUUGACGGGGAAUCUGCCAUUUCAUGGCCAGACGCGACAGGAGACCAUGAAUCAGAUAUUGCGCUCCAAAUUGGGCAUGCCGGAGAAUCUAUCGCCGGAGGCACAAUCACUGCUGCGUGCGCUCUUCAAACGCAAUCCCUUAAAUCGUCUCGGAGCGGGGGCACAAGGCAUAUUGGACAUCAAGGCGCAUUGUUUCUUUGCGACAAUCGAUUGGGUGAGGCUGGAGCGUAAGCUGGUGCGUCCACCUUUUAUACCGGCGGUCAGUCGGGACGAUGCCUUCUACUUUGAUGUGGAGUACACGUCCAAGUCACCGCGCGAUUCACCCGGCGGUCCAAUAUCUGCAUCCGCACACGAAAUCUUUCGAGGCUUCAGCUUUGUGGCGCCCGUGCUGCUGGAGAACAGCACCAAUAGCAGCCAAUCGAACAAUGUCAGUCCGAUGCACGGCUUGGCAGCACUACCGGCCGCCGUCGCCUCCUCAGUGACAGUGGCGGCAGCUCCAGGACCACGCAGUUUACCCGGCGUCCUGCCCGGCAAUUUUCUGGCCGAAUACAAUCUGCUGCAGGAGCUGGGACGUGGCACGUUUUCGGUGUGUCGCCUGUGCGAGCAUCGAUCCUCCAAGAAGCACUACGCUGUGAAGAUCAUCGAGAAGGCGGCUGUGGCAGCCGCAUCAUCCUCAACGGCCGAUUGCUGGGAGGAGGUCGAGAUAAUGCUGCGCUAUGGCAAUCAUCCCAAUAUUGUGACACUCUAUUCGGUAUACGAGGACACCAGCUCCGCGUAUCUCGUCAUGGAGCUGCUCAAAGGCGGUGAACUGCUCGACCGCAUCCUGGCCGUGGGCCAAAUGUGCGAGAGCGAAGCCAGCGCUGUGCUCCGUACGAUUGCCGCUGCCGUCGCUUACCUGCACGAGCACGGCGUCGUCCAUCGCGAUCUGAAGCCCUCGAAUAUGAUCUACGCGAGCAUGCGACAAACUCCCGAAACGCUUAAACUCUGCGAUUUAGGCUUUGCUAAGCAACUGCGCGCUGAUAACGGUCUGCUGAUGACGCCCUGUUAUACGGCAAACUUUGUGGCGCCGGAGGUACUAAAGCGUCAGGGAUAUGAUCUGGCCUGUGACAUUUGGUCGUUGGGCGUGCUGUUGUACAUCAUGUUGUCGGGUCGAACGCCGUUUGCCAGCACACCGAAUGAUUCAGCGGAUGUAAUACUGAAGAGAAUUGGAUCUGGACACAUAGAUUUUAGCAGCAGUCGCUGGUCGCUGAUAAGUGCACCGGUUAAGGAGCUGCUGCGUCAAAUGCUGCACAUUGUGCCCGAGAAUCGGCCGACGGUGGCACAGAUAAUGGAACAUAGUUGGGUGCGGGAUCAAUUUGCUGGCAAUGUGCAGUUGACCGAAUAUGCGAUGCAUUCAAACAUCAUCAGCGGCGGCAACGUCGGUGGCGGUGUCGGUGUCGGUGUCAGUGGCAACGGUGCACAACAAUUGUCACUUGGGGCACAGCAGCAGCAACAGAAUCACAACUCGAUGACGCUACGUGGUGCUGUGGAUGCCACGUUUCGGGCAAUUGCCAUACCGCAGGCGGCAAAUGUGGGUCCCGUGGAGCUAUCGAUGCUGGCCAAGCGGCGGGCCAAAGACCGCGCCAAUCUGCAUUCCUAAUUGUUAGCAGGGCUGUGCCCGAGACGUCAGGCCAAACGGCAGCUAAUUCAAUUAGUUUAUAGAUUUUAUAGUAUUCUGAUGCAUUGUUUUGCAUUUCCGCAACGCCUUUGGGAGUGGCAUGCUGCCAUCAAUCCACGCCAACACCAGCGGCACCACCAACAUUACCAACAUCAUCAACACCGCCAUCGCCACGACAACAAUUGUCUCUUAAAGCGGCAGCGAUGUCACAGCGCCAAAUUACGUUUGGUUUAAGCAUAUGUGGUAAUGGACAUGAAUAUGGGAAUGGAAUGAAAUGGAAUGGAUGUCGUUAAAUGUAGAUGUGGAGUGUCUUUCAGGCAGCGCGAUAACUUUCUAGUAUUUGACGUGUAUUUGAAGUGUUAGUUAUUUAUUUUAUAAUAAUACCCAAAAAGAAAAACAACC